AUGAAUCGUUCACCAUUAAGUGAUUUUAAUCGUCGACGUAGUCUAUUUGAUUCACCCAAUUUCGUACGUUUUAUUAAUAAAACUCUACAUUCAAAAGAAAAAAUUAAUCCAAAUUUGGAUUCAACUACAAGUUCAAGUUCUCAAAGUUAUUCAUCAUAUAAACCUAUUCAAACACCUCGUGUAGCGACAACAAGAAAAUUAACGAAUAUGAAUGAACAAUCACCAUUACAAUUAAAUCGAGGAAUUAUUCAACUCAGUCUUAUUACAUCAGAUAAUCAUUUAACUGUCAAAAUCAUACGAGUUAAAGGUGUAAAUCAACGUUCAUCAAAUAUAUUAAUAAAAAUGACAUUAAUACCUGAUAGAAAACCAUUGGAAUGUAAUACACGUGCUGUACCUAAUCUAAAUGGUUCAGCUGUAUUUAAUGAAAAAUUUACAUUUGAAAUUAAUAAUGAUGAUUUACAUAAACGUUUAUGUUUUUCAAUAUAUAAUUAUCAACAAGAAAAAAAUGAUACACAAUUACAAGGUUGUUUAUCAUUUGGAAUUAAAAAUACAUUAAAAAAACAACGAAUUCGUGGUUGGUUUUAUAUUUUACAAGAAGAUGUGGGAGAAUUACGACAUAAACAAGUGCCUGAUCAUGGAGAAAAACAUGUAACUGCUAUUAAUCGAGAUAUUGCCGAUUUAGAAGAACAUCAAUUUAUUAUAUCGCGUGGUAUAAAUGAUUCAUUUGGUUUUACAGUUGUUGGUGAUAGUCCAACAUUUGUUGGUAAAGUAACUGAAAAUAGUCCAGCAGCUCAAUGUGGUCUUAAACCAGGUGAUUACAUUGUUAAAGUUAACGGACAAAAUGUUUCACGUGCACAACAACGAACUGUAUCAAAUUUAAUCAAACAUUUAAAACAUUCAGUCACAUUAGAUAUACAUCGUUAUCCAAGUGUUCAUCCAACAACUAAUCGUGAUAUUCUCUCGUUAUUAUCAUCAACUGGUACUGUAUCGACAGAAGAUUCAUCAACUUGUAGUGAUUCAUCGAUAUCCUAUCAAUCUCAUCGUUUAAAACAAAUACCUUUAACAAAUUCUAAUCGACAUUUUGUUGAUCUCGCUCAAUUAGGACAUUAUGUUGAACCAAAACCACUUAUAAGACAAACGACAACAACAACGACAUCAGCAACAGCGCAGCCAUUUUAUGAAAUGACAAAUUCCUCAAUGUUAGCUGUUAAAGGUUCACCAACGAAUACAUUUGUUUAA